UACAAAUGUUCCAGUACCCUGGUUGCCAUUCGCCUCGAUUACCACCAUAGUGCGUUCCCCUGCAUGGGUGUUGGUGUGAUAGAAGCCCAGGAUGUUGCUGAAAGUGUUGUUUUUUAUCUUCCUGCUUAUAAUUAUGGUCCAUGGGGCUGCCUAUGAUUGCUCCCUACUGCUAAUGGGUCAGUACCUAUGUCCGGAGCCUGGUAGAAAUCAAAUUGAUCCCAAAACUCAACAGUUUUAUGGCUGCGAAAGAAAUGGUUUGGCCAAAGUAUGGUGUAUAGCUGCCGAAGGUAUUGAGUGUUUGGGCACCAACAAUAAUACAUUUACCAAGGAAAUGCCUUGCAAGUGGACCAAUGGCUAUCACCUAGACACUGUGCUAUUACUGUCCGUCUUUACCGGCAUGUUUGGUCUGGAUCGUUUCUAUCUGGGCUAUUAUGGCAUGGGCUUGUUGAAAGCAUGUACCUUGGGUGGUUUCUUCAUAGGCCAGUUGGUUGACAUAAUACUGAUAGCCUUGCAAAUCGUACGACCUGCAGAUGGUUCACAUUAUAUUAUACCAUAUUAUGGAGCUGGUGUUAACAUUAUACGAAGUAACAAUGAAACAUUUCGGGUGCCCCGUGAUGAUUGGUGAUGUAAGUUUGCGCAUGCUAGGGCGCCGAAGAUGCGUCACAGAGAAACCAAGGACUGUUUGUUUUGUAAUAUAAAAACACACGCAUUACCUAGUUUUAAGUAGUUAUUAUAAUUAGCUCAAAUAAUGGACUAUUUAAUAAUACUAAUUGUAAUUAUUUUUAAAUGAUUUCUCAGUAUGUACAUAUGUUUUUGUUUCCUAUAACAAUAACAAAUUUUAUUCCAUUCCUGUUAAUUUAAA